UGUUAUCUCACCGCCUCGUUCAUCGAUACUCAGCCCGUCCUUCACCGUCGCCGCGCACGACGACCAACCGCCCUUUCCCGCUCACCCCGCCGCCCACCUCAGUGCUGCCCGCCGGCCGAGCUCCUGAAAAUCCAGCGCCAGGCCCCAGCCCAGAACCACCCCUCGGCCUGUUGCAAAUUUCUUCUCCCGGACGCACCAGCGAGCCCGCGAGCUUCCGAACGGCACACACGAGCGCGAACGACUGCAGGAGACCGCUGUAGACGAAUACCAUGGCAGACGCGCAGACGGAGAUCGAUCUUGACUCGGUCAUUGACCGGCUAUUGGAAGUGCGCGGUAACCGUCCCGGGAAGCCCGUGCAGCUUCAGGAGUACGAGAUCAAGUACCUGUGCACGAAGGCGCGCGAGAUUUUCAUCAACCAACCCAUUUUGCUCGAGCUGGAGGCACCCAUAAAAAUCUGCGGUGACAUUCACGGACAAUACUACGACCUGCUACGUCUAUUUGAGUAUGGCGGGUUUCCGCCAGAAGCCAACUACCUCUUCCUCGGUGACUACGUCGAUCGAGGAAAGCAAUCGCUGGAGACGAUCUGUUUGCUGCUGGCAUACAAGAUCAAGUACCCGGAGAACUUCUUCAUCCUGCGCGGAAACCACGAGUGUGCCAGUAUCAACAGAAUAUACGGGUUCUACGACGAAUGCAAGCGCCGGUACAACAUCAAGUUGUGGAAGACGUUUACGGACUGCUUCAACUGCUUGCCGAUCGCUGCCAUCAUCGACGAAAAGAUCUUCACGAUGCACGGCGGGCUCAGCCCAGACUUGCAGUCGAUGGAGCAGAUACGAAGAGUGAUGAGGCCGACGGACGUGCCGGACACUGGUCUGCUCUGCGAUCUGCUAUGGUCCGAUCCCGACAAGGACAUUACGGGCUGGUCGGAAAACGACCGCGGCGUGUCCUUUACGUUUGGCCCGGACGUCGUGUCCAGAUUCUUGCAAAAGCACGACAUGGACCUGAUCUGCCGAGCGCAUCAGGUCGUCGAGGAUGGCUACGAGUUCUUCGCCAAGCGGCAUCUCGUGACCCUCUUCUCCGCACCCAAUUAUUGUGGCGAGUUCGACAACGCGGGUGCGAUGAUGAGUGUGGACGAGACCUUGCUGUGCUCCUUCCAGAUUCUCAAACCGGCGGAGAAGAAGGCGAAGUACCCAUACGGUGGCAUGAAUAUGGGGCGCCCAGUAACGCCGCCGCGCAAGCAGAAGAAGAAGGACAGCAAGAUGGGCUAA